AUGGAGAUGCAGCAGCUGCACCGCCAACAACAACAACAGCAACAACAACAGGGGCAGCAGCCGCAUUUCGGGGCAUCAGAGGACGAGGAUCUAGAGCAGAAACAGCAACAACCACAUAAACAACAGCAACAGCAAACACAGCACCAAGAACAGCAGCAACACGAACAACAUCUCAAGGAUGCGGAAAUGAUGACCGAUAAGCAGGACGAGGAUAAGCACCAGCAGCACCCAGCAGCAGCCGAUGAAACCCAACAACAACAACAACAACAUCAACAAGAACGCACGGAGGAUUCGGAUAUGGAACUAUCUGAUGAUCAGGAGGCAGGGGACACCGAAACUAAUGAGGAGAGUGACCAGGAAGGCGAGGAAGAUAACGACCAGCGUGAUGGAGACGACGACGAUGACGCAGACGACGAUGAUGAUGACGAGGAUGAGGAUGGUACUAUUGUGGAAGACAGCGAUGCCACCAGCUGCAGUAGUUGUCGCCGGGCCGAACUGGAAGAAAGCCAGGAGGAGGAGGAAGAGGAGGUGGAGCAGCAUCCUCCCGCUGUAGAGCCUCCGUCCUCCCCCUAACUAGAUAAAGGUGUCGCCUGCUUUCCAUAGAGGAUCCUCCUUCCCAUUGAACAGAUUACAUACGCACCGUGUUUAGCAUGUCUAUCGUAUGCAAAGAAUACCUGUUUCUUGGGGGUAUUCCUUACAUUAUAUAUCAAGCUGCAGUAAUUUCGAGAGAAGCAAAUUAAGCGAAUACACAAUAAAAGCGCUACUAGUACACACAAUAUACAUAACGACCGCGGGACAGAUGAAAAAAGUUACAAACACACCCGUGUAUACAAGCAUGAACCCAACGCUAUUAGGUUUUGAAAUCAUCAUUUCCCCAUCAAUAGUAUCGAUUUGUUAGUGGACACAUUCAUUUAAGAACAAUUGGUGAUUUGGAUUGCAUUCGUCGCCCCAUGAUUCUCACUUCUGUUCGAUUAUCUUAUUUUUUUCUUUGGCUAAUAAUGUAUGAUGUGCUGGCGCUUUGUUUGGCCUUAUAAUUUACUUUAUGGAACCUGCAAAUGCGUAAUUAAACAAUUGUUAACUAGAAAUGAACCAAAA